UAACUGCGGCAGUGGUGAAGUAGAUUGGCGAUAGAACGCACGCGCGCGCGUGAAUGUUCGCUUCUAUCGUCGCGCGGAAUUAUUUACGAUCGAAACAGAUUUUUAGAACGCCUUUUAUUUUGGUUGCAGUGGCAAGGAACAGGGUGUGAAUUAUCUCCAUCCCAACUGAACUAGAACUUGAUAAUGAUAACACUCACCAACUACCCGCUCGCGUAAUUACACGAACCAAGAGCCACAGGGGUGACUCUAUAUGACGACAAACAAACUUUCGGAGCGCUGCCUGCUGCGCGAGCCACUCGUUAUAAACGUAUUGUAGAGUAACCCUCGAGCUCCCCAGUGGUGGUGUGUGAAAGUGUGGAACAGUCAGUCGUGACCCAGGCACCAUGGAGGACGCAUGUGCAGUGGGUCUGAGCAACAACAACGUGGUGUCUCUGCUGCCGCGCAGGACCGUCACCCUCGAGUUCAGGAACAUCACGUGCUCUGUCAACAGCUUCUCGCUGACUAAGCUGAAAUAUGAGCAGAAGCAGAUCCUCAAGGGGGUGGACGGGUGCUUCAAGCCUGGCGAGCUGACCACCAUCUGUGGACCCUCAGGCGCCGGCAAGACCACGCUGCUCAACAUACUGGCUGGAUACACGACGCGCGGCGCAGCGGGCGAGAUCUCAGUGAACGGGUCCUGCGCGUGCGCAAGCCAGUCGUCGGGCCGCGGCGGCGCGCGCUACAUCCGGCAGCAGGACGACCUGCGCGCGCACCUCACCGUGCGUGAAGCGAUGUCAUUGGCCGCCGCGCUGAAGCUGGCUGAUUUCUCUGCGCAUGAGAAGAAGGAGAAGGUACACGAAGUCUUAUCCCUAUUGAGUCUGAGUGGGACGUACCAGACUCUGUGUCGCGACCUCUCGGGGGGACAGAAGCGGCGGCUGGCCGUCGCUCUGGAACUGCUGUCUGACCCCUCCCUCAUGUUCCUCGAUGAGCCGACCACCGGCCUCGACUCGUCCUCUUCCACCUCGCUCAUCUCGCUCCUGAACGGUCUGGCUCGCGGGGGCCGCACCAUCGUGGCCACCAUCCACCAGCCCUCAGCACUGCUGUUUGAGAAGAUAGACUCGGUGUACUGCCUAGCCCAGGGCCGCGCGCUGUACCACGGGCCCAGAGCGAGGCUGCUGCCGGCGCUGACCAGCGCGGGGCUGAAGUGCCCGCCGUACCAUAAUCCGGCAGAUUUUUUGAUGGAGGUGGCAUCUGGAGAGUAUGAUGUGGACCUGGUGAAGGUGGCGGGAGUGAUGAAGAGAUACAAGCCGCACCAGAGCGAGGCCUUCGACCCGCACUCAGUGCCCACCAUACCCGCCCUGCAGCAUACUAAAGAUAUAGCCCUAGAACUGAAGUCUAUGCCGUUCAUCAGUGACUCCAAACAUCAGCAGAUCUACAAAAAGAACAUGUACAGACAAUCCGGACUCCUCAGACAGACCUGGAUAUUAUUAUAUAGGAAUUAUUUAAUGACAACUAGGAAUUAUUCUCUCUUCAUGUACCGGGUAGCAGCCCACGUGGUGAUCGCUCUGCUCUUCGGCUACCUGUACCUGGGAGUGGGAAGCGAGGCGAGCAGUGUAUUGGGGAACUAUGUGUAUCUGUACGGGUCGAUGCUGCUCGUGGUCUACACUGGGAAGAUGAGCGUCACGCUGUCAUUCCCCCUUGAAAUGGAUAUCCUUAGAGCGGAGCACUUCAAUCGAUGGUACAAUUUGGGGCCGUACAUUGUGUCUAUAUUGGCAGUAGAACUACCAUUCCAGAUGAUAUCGUGCGUCUCCUACGUGGUCCUUUCCUAUUGGCUGACGGACAACCCGCUGGAGCCAACCAGGGCCACCCUGUUCCUUGCCACCAUCGUCGCCACCUCCCUCUGUGCCCAGGCCUGGGGGUACUUCAUAGGAUCUACUACUCCGACUAAGAUUGCCGUGUUCCUUGGCCCGGUCCUGGCUUGCCUGUUCUCCGUGUUUGGCUUCUGCCUCGCGCUGUCGGACACUCCUAAACCUUUCAAGUGGCUCCAUCAUGUCUCCUACUUCCGAGCUGGCUUCCACAUCGCCGUGCACUCAGUCUACGGGUUCAAUCGGACUAAGAUGCACUGUAAUAAAGAAUACUGCCACUACAGAACUCCAAGCAAGUUUCUGACCGAAAUGGACAUGGAAUAUAUCGAUGUAGGUGGCAAUAUGGCGGUAGUCCUCUCAACUACGGUCAUCAUGCAUGUUCUCACUUGUAUCGCCCUGUGGUACCGUCUGAACAAGAGAUGAAGACAUCGUCCAAAUAUAUCGAUGUGUAGGUGAAAGAAAGCCUGAUGCAUGUCCAAACUAGUAAGGAUUAUCUUGAUUAUUCUGUGAUACCACUCUCAUCAACGCCUGUAAAGUUUUGUUUAUCAAUUUGUGUCGCCACUUUUUCAUUUAUGUUUUGUUUCAUUUGUUACAUCAAGCUCUUCUUUUGUACUUUUUUUCUCUGAGAUUUGAACAUAACUUGUGGAAAUAUCAAAAAUAUUGAAAUGAAUAGAUUUAGAUAGAUAAAUGCCAGUGUAAGUUUUAAAUUAAGUUUGUAAGUAUUAUUUCGUAAAUUGUAAGUUUUUAUGAACUUUUAUUUCUUAACUUUCUUGCAGGACGAAACUAGAUUUAUUUAUUUAUUUUUGUGUUAGAUAGUUUUAGCAAUGUUUUUUUUUUGUUAUAAUAUUAUGGGUAAGUGAUUAUUUUUAUUUUAAAAUGCAAUGAUUAACAGAAAAUAAGCACACAUACGUAAUGUGCUGGACAUUUAAAGACUAAUAAAAUGACCAACUGACUUCAGAUCUUACUUAUAAUGUAAAAUGUGUACUUACUUAGAACCUUUUGUUGCCUCUAUCUUUCUAUGCACUUGGGUGUAUUUUCUUACAACACCUAAAUAUUAUAGGUGCCAUAAUCAAUGAUGAAGGAAUAUUAUGCCUAAUUCAAAUUGACAUACAUAUUUUAAUAGACAUACACGACAUUAACCACUUAGAUCUUAGCUACUGCCUUUACGUUGGACUGAGAUUAUGCCUAUAGUGUGAUAUUUUAAUGUUAACAUUGCUGGUACAAACGCAUUAAAAUAAUUAUGACAUAAGCAUUUUUUUAUAAAUAAAUAUGGUUUCAAUCA